UGCAGGAGGCCGUGUGCGAAGUCCAGCAGGGCGUCAGGGCGGUUGACGUGCAGGUGCAUGCCGUGGCCACCCUGGAGCAGAGGCUCGCGAGGCUGGAGCUGCUGCAGGAGCAGGCGGAACGCAGCAGGGUCGACGCGUCUGCUGCGCUGACCUCCAGGCUGGACGCGGUGGCCGCCCAGGUGCCCUUGCAGGCUGCCGCGCUCCCUGUGAGCGCGAAGCUCGACGCCCUGAUGGCCGUGCUCGCGGACCCGGGCGCGACUGUGCCUGCCGUGGUGCUGGAGGCCGCCAAGCCUCUCGCCGUGGGCGCCGCCGCGGCCCCCCGUGUGGCGGCGGUCCCGGCUGUCGCCGAGGCCUUCGACGGCGAUGACGACGACCAUCACCGCCACCACCUCGGGGCUGCCCUGGCCUGA